AUGGAGAAGAACAACGGCAAAGUCUGUUGGAUUUGUGAUAAGAGGUUCUCCGGUGGGAAAGCCAUUGGAGGCCACAUGAGAUCUCACUACGUCAAAUUGUCAAUUCCUCCAAAGCUUGAAACUAAGAAUCAACCACUAGCCAAUUCAACCGAUUUAACCCAGCAUCCAAUUUCUGCUUCCUCACUGACUUGCCAUCCCGAAGAAAACCAAACAGAGAAUUUUCAACCUAUGAAACGCAACUCCUCUGCCUUCUCUGCAAACUCAAACAGAGGAGACAGAUCUGUACCCUACCCACAAAGCCCAACCCGCAAGAGAUCCAAAUGCCACCGCAAAUUUGAUGCAGCGGACGAUACAGAAGCAGCUGAGGCUCUCCGUUUGCUGUCCGAAGGGGAGCCAAAGAGCUGUAGAGGAGACUCGCUUGCUCAAGCUGACUCUCAAACCAGGUUCAAGUGCAAUAUGUGUGGAAAAAUGUUCCAAUCUUACCAAGCUCUUGGUGGGCACAAAGCAAACCAUAGCAAGACUAAGAAUCUGGGCCAGAGUGGUGGAUACCCACACUCGUGUUGA